CAAAAUAUACAAAACGUAUGAUUUGUUUGCUUGGUUUGAGAGAAAUUGAUGGGGAGGAAAGAUGGCGUGGAGAUCAUGGAGGAAUUAUUACAAGGAUGUUGCGCCCUUCACAGUAUUGGUGGCUAUGGAGUUCAUCAUUGCGGGGCUAAACACGUUGUUCAAAGCAGCUACUUUGACCGGUAUGAGCUACCAUGUGUUUAUGGUCUACGAUUAUGCCUUUGCUGCUCUUCUUCUUCUUCCUGCUCCCUUCUUCUCUUACAGAUCAAGUGUGCUUCCUCCGCUCGGAUUCCCAGUACUACGCAAAAUUGGACUUCUCGCGCUCAUAGGGAUUUCAUGUCAGAUCACGGGGUACACAGGCCUCAUUUACAGUUCACCCACUCUUUCAUCUGUCAUGGCCAACCUCAUGCCGGCUUUUACCUUCAUCCUUGCUAUCUUUUUCAGAAUGGAGGAACUGGUUUGGAGUAGAAGCAGCAGUAAGGCUAAAGUGAUGGGCACCAUAAUAUCAAUUACAGGUGCAUUGGUAGUGACUCUUUAUAAGGGCCCACCCAUUUUCAAAGCUUCAAAACCUUCAAUGUCUUUUCAUCAACCUUUGAACUCGUUUGGUGUAGACUCGAAUUGGGUUAUCGGUGGUGCUUUUUUCACUGCUCAGUUUACCCUGAUUCCAUUAUGGUUCGUUGUCCUGACACAAAUCAUGGAGGAGUAUCCAGCAGAACUGACUGUAAUCUUCUUUUACAAUUUUUGUGUGUGCUUCAUGGCUUUGGUUGUUGCUUUAGUUGUUGAAAGAAAUGCGAGUGCUUGGAGAACAUGGUCAGAUAUUGCACUAGCCUCGGUUGUUUGCUGGGGAAUCUUCAGUUCUUGCAUGAACAAUACGGUCCAUUCAUGGGCUCUGCGGUUGAAAGGACCGGUUUACGUGGCAAUGUUUAAGCCAUUUUCUACCGUAGCAGCUUCUGCCUUGGGUAUCAUCUUCCUCGGUGAGACGCCCCAUCUUGGGAGUCUCAUUGGAGCAACAACAAUAUCGAUCGGUUUUUACACAGUGAUGUGGGGGAAAGCGAAAGAGGCAACUCUUGAGGACAGUGGCAGUGGCAGCAGCAAUAGCACCACGGUGGAUCCACCAUCUUCCCAAAAGGUCCCCUUGCUUCAGAGCUAUAAAAACAGAACAAGCGUAGAACCCGUCCAUUGAUUUCAAUGGUAAAAUAGAAUAUUAGAGAUUCUAGGUUUGAGCGGUUAGAUACGUAAGAUUUAGGCACCAUAAUAUGAAUUUAUAAAGUAAAUUGAGCCGAGAGAGUGAGGAUAU